AUCUGUAUCUUACUCCGGUCUUCUGUUUACCUCCGGGACCACCAGGAGUUCUCAUCUUACACAUCUCGAUACCACUAGGAGGCAACGAAGAGAGAUUGAAACGAUCAUAGUACACCCCGGUUUCACCGCUGAGUAUUUGAACGACAUUGCAUUAAUAAAGCUGAGUCGCCCGGUUUUGUUUAAUGACAUCAUCACCCCUAUUUGUCUCCCUUGUGGGGAAACACCUAACCCCGGGGAUAAGUGCUGGGUGACGGGGUUCGGUCGAACAGAGAACACCGGGUUUGAUUCUUCACAAACUCUGCAAGAAGUUGACGUCCCCAUUGUCAAUACGACCAGAUGCGUGGCAGCUUAUAGAGGCGUUCAUGUCAUCGAUGGAAACAUGAUGAUGUGCGCUGGGUAUGAAGCUGGAGGGAAGGACGCAUGUAAUGGUGACUCAGGAGGACCGUUGGCAUGCCAACGUGCUGACUCAUGCGAUUGGUAUUUAUCUGGUGUGACGUCAUUUGGCCGAGGUUGUGGGUUAGCCAGAUAUUAUGGUGUCUACGUUAACGUUGUACAUUAUGAGGGUUGGAUACGAACACAGAUGGGGAACGACUCUACAGGGUUAUGUCCCCGCCAAUACAACCCAUGCAAAGGACUUGUAGACGCCCACACCGAUUGCGAAUCAAAGUUGGAUAAGUGUCGGUCCUUCCCAUCUUACAUGGCAACUAACUGUGCAAGUUCGUGUUGCCAAUUGAAUAAUGGAGAAAUAACAAACUGCCAGGACAGCGCUGACUCAGCAGUAGCUUGCAAACUAUACGUCAGUUAUUGUUCAAAUCCUGCCAUGUCAUCAUUUAUGCGAGAAAAAUGCCGACGCACAUGUGGAUUUUGCUGAGUAAUGGUUUCAAUUAUGAUGCAACAAUACUUCUGGACAAAUUAUGACUUGCGCUUUAUUUUCCAAUUGAACUAUUUUUUGCAGCAUUGUUUGUUUUUCAUUUAUUUGUACAAAUUAUUGUUAAACCAACAGUAGUUCAUUUUCCUGUUUAAUUUAUUGCGAUUUUGGGUACUAGUGUAGAUCCUACCAACAAGUCAUAGUAAAAUUGAAAGAAGGCAAUUUAUUAGAAGUUAGUAUAAAACAUGGUGGGGGAUUCUGCACUAGCACUUAAUCUUGUACAAACUUCCAUUUCUUUCUAUUUUGCACAAUUCUGUUAUUUUUGCUUGAAUAAAAACCACAUAUAAUAAAAAGAAUAUCCUUAACUCCAAUGUGUAGUUACAGC